AUGACUAUGGUAGAUCAACAAAAUAUUAUUUCAAAUACAAAGCAACCCUCAAUCUACGCUUCCACUGAACCAUCCAUAUCUGCAUUUAAUUCACCAACCUAUUCUCCACAAUUAGUUGAAGGUGUGAAAUCUGUUUUAAUCAUCGGUUCUGGUGGCUUGUCUAUUGGUCAAGCAGGUGAAUUUGACUAUUCUGGCUCUCAAGCCAUCAAAGCCUUAAAAGAAUCGAAUUUAAAAACUAUUUUAAUUAAUCCAAAUAUUGCGACAAACCAAACUUCCCUAGAUUUGGCUGAUAUAGUAUACUAUUUACCAGUUACUCCGGAAUAUAUUACUUAUAUUAUUGAAAAAGAAAGACCAGAUGCUAUAUUGCUAACCUUUGGUGGUCAAACCGGUUUAAACUGUGGGAUUGCUUUACAUGACCAAGGUGUUUUAGCUAAAUAUAAUGUAAAAGUUUUGGGUACUCCAAUCAAAACUUUAGUUACAUCUGAAGAUAGAGACUUAUUUGCACAGGCACUAAAAGAAAUAAAUAUUCCUACGGCAGAAUCCAUUGCUUGCGAUACUGUGGAAAGUGCCAUUGAUGCAGCUAAUAAGGUUGGUUUCCCUGUAAUUGUUAGGGCCGCUUAUGCUUUGGGUGGUUUGGGUUCCGGUUUUGCCAACAACGAGCAGGAACUAAUUAAAUUGUCUGCACAGUCUUUGGCCUUAUCCCCUCAACUUUUGGUCGAAAAGUCUUUAAAAGGUUGGAAAGAAGUUGAAUAUGAAGUUGUCCGUGAUAGAACCAAUAACUGUAUUACCGUUUGUAACAUGGAAAAUUUCGACCCAUUGGGUGUUCAUACUGGUGAAUCCAUUGUCGUUGCUCCUUCUCAAACUCUAACAGAUCAAGAAUUUCAUAUGUUAAGAACCGCAGCAAUUAAAAUUAUCAGACAUUUGGGUGUUGUUGGUGAGUGUAAUGUUCAAUAUGCUUUACAACCGGAUGGUUUAGGUUAUAGAGUUAUUGAGGUUAAUGCACGUUUAUCUCGUUCCUCCGCGUUGGCUUCGAAAGCUACCGGUUAUCCACUAGCUUACACCGCCGCUAAGCUUGCAUUAGGUUACACAUUACCAGAAUUGCCAAACCCGAUUACGAAGACUACUGUUGCUAAUUUUGAGCCAAGUUUAGAUUACAUUGUUACCAAAAUGCCAAGAUGGGACUUAUCCAAAUUCCAAUUUGUUGAUACUAAUAUUGGGUCAUCUAUGAAAUCCGUGGGUGAAGUUAUGGCCAUUGGUAGAACAUUUGAGGAGAGUAUUCAAAAAGCCAUCAGAGAGAUCGAUCCCAAGUAUAUUGGGUUCCAAGGUUCUGAUGAAUUUGGUGAUAAACUAGAUGAUAUUCUAGCAAACCCUACUGACAAAAGAUGGUUGGCUGUUGGUCAAGCUUUGUUGGUUGAAAACUAUAGUGUUGAUAGAGUUCAUAACUUAACUAAGAUUGAUAAAUGGUUUCUAUACAAGUGUAUGAACAUUGUUGAAAUGUACAAAUAUUUACAGAACCAGGUGAAAAAUCUAGAUUCAUUAACGCCAGAGAUUACUUUGAAAGCUAAAAAAUUAGGUUUUGCAGAUAAACAAAUCGCCAAAUGUUUGAAUUGUCACGAGUUGGAAGUUCGUUUAAAAAGAUUAAGCUUUAAAAUCACACCAUUUGUUAAAAAAAUAGAUACGUUGGCUGCAGAAAUUCCAGCCUCUACUAAUUAUUUGUAUACUACUUAUAAUGCUACCAAACAUGAUAUAGAUUUUGAUGAUCAUGGUAUUAUGGUUUUAGGUUCGGGUGUUUAUAGAAUUGGUUCCUCUGUUGAAUUUGAUUGGUGUGCAGUUAACACUGCUAAAACUUUAAGGGAAUUAAACAAGAAAACCAUCAUGAUUAAUUACAAUCCAGAAACUGUAUCCACUGAUUUUGAUGAGGUGGACAGAUUAUAUUUUGAAGAAUUAUCUUUGGAAAGAGUUUUGGAUAUCUAUGAAUUAGAACACUCCCAAGGAUGUAUUAUUUCUGUUGGUGGGCAAUUGCCACAGAACAUUGCUUUGCAAUUGUUGGAAAAUGGGUGUAAAAUAUUGGGUACUGACCCAAGAGAUAUUGACAAAGCUGAAAACAGACAUAAGUUUUCCUCUAUUUUAGAUUCCAUUAAGAUUGAUCAACCAGCUUGGAGCGAGUUAAGCAGUGUUGAAGAAGCCAAAGUAUUUGCCAAAAAGGUUGGGUAUCCGGUUUUGAUUCGUCCAAGCUAUGUUUUAAGUGGUGCAGCCAUGAGCGUUGUUAUCAACGAACAUGAGUUAGAAGCAAAGUUGAAAAAUGCAGCAGAUGUUUCUCCAGAUCAUCCAGUUGUUAUGUCCAAAUUUAUCGAAGGUGCUCAAGAAAUUGAUGUUGACGCCGUUGCCCAUAACGGCAAAGUUGUUGUACAUGCUAUUUCUGAACAUGUGGAAAAUGCUGGUGUUCAUUCUGGCGAUGCAACUUUAAUGUUACCCGCUCAAACUUUAAGUAAAGAAGUCAAAUCAAGGAUGAAAGAAAUUGCUGACAAAGUUGCUGGAGCAUGGAAAAUCAACGGUCCAUUUAACAUGCAGAUUAUCAAGGACAGUAACAAUAACUUAAAGGUAAUUGAAUGUAACAUCAGAGCCUCUAGAUCAUUCCCAUUUGUUUCUAAAGUUUUGGGUGUUAAUUUUAUUGAAGUUGCUGUUAAAUGUUUUUUAGAUAGAGCAGAAGUUUCUUCUAUACAAGACGUUGAUGAUGACAAAUUGGAUUAUGUUGGUGUAAAAUGUCCACAAUUCUCUUUUACGAGAUUAGGUGGUGCAGAUCCAUAUCUAGGUGUUGAAAUGGCUUCUACUGGAGAAGUUGCCGCAUUUGGUCGUAAUUUAAUUGAUAGCUAUUGGACUAGUAUUCAAAGUACCAUGAAUUUUCAAGUCCCAUUACCGGGUAGUGGUAUUUUGUUUGGUGGUGAUAAGAGUAAUGUUGAAAACUUGAAAUCUAUUUACAAAAUUUUUGCUAAUAUAAAUGGUUACAAAUUAUAUGUUUGUGAUGAAGAAACGUUGGAGAUGUUAAAUGGUGAUAAUAAAGACGGGGGAUUGACAAUUAUUGAUCUACCUUACCAUGACAAAAGAAAAUUGCGUAGUUUUUUUAAGGACAAUUCUAUUAAAUGUGUCAUAAAUUUGACUCGUGAAAGAGCAGAAACAGUUGAAGAUAAAGAUUAUAUUAUGAGAAGAAGUUCCAUUGAUUUUGGCAUUCCGUUGUUCAAUGAACCACAAACUUCCAAACUUUUUGCUCGUUGCUUAUCGGAAAAAAUUGCACAAAAGGUUAAAAUUUUGGAUAGCAAUGAAGUUAUAAUCCCCACCGAGGUUGUUUCUUGGAAUGAAUAUUUAAAACGCUAA